AUGAAGCAAACAUCACCACCUCCACCACCACCACAGGAGAAGCUGCCUCCACCGCCAAGUGACGUGAUAAGGACACGCCGGAAACCAUCGUCUAGGGGGCAUCCACGGUUUGUGGGCGUGCGGCAAAGACCCUCGGGAAGAUGGGUGGCGGAGAUAAAAGACUCCUUACAGAAAGUUAGGCUUUGGCUAGGAACUUUUGACACGGCCGAGGAAGCUGCCCGGGCUUAUGACCGAGCUGCCCGAACCCUCCGCGGGGCCAACGCGAGGACCAACUUUGACCUGCCGGAGUCGGAUUCCGGUGAAGGAGGGCGCAACCUCUUGCCGGAAAACUUAGAGCCGUUCUCCUUUGAAGACGCUUGCCGGAGUGAGGAGCCGGAAGGAGGGCUCGUCGGCGCUCUCAAGGCUAAACUCUUUAGCAGUGAAAGCUCCCGCCUUUUCAUCCAAUCCAGCGCUUAUAACGCUACGCCAUCAACAAACGCCAAACCCCAAGACGAAAAUUUAAACAUCCUUAAAAACAACGACGGCGGCGACAAAAUAUCAUCGAUGGCGGCGGCGGCGGCGCAAUUCUCUUCAACCAACGGUUUAAUCGAUGCUACCUCUACCUCGUACCUACCCAACGUUGUUGGAGCUGAGAAACCUAAGUUCAACCUCGACCACUACACUCCACAAACCGAACAAAAUACCAAUAUCCACCACAACUACAACAUCGAUCACAUUAGUCUCCUCACGGCCAGCGAUCAUCCGAUGAACACACCGUGGCUUAAUCCUAGCCACACAAUCGCCGCAACGUCGGGCAUGAUGCAAUGGCCUAAUGAUCAAACCGUGGGGUGGAUCGACACCCUACAAACAGGCGGCCGGGGAGGCCACGAAAUGGAGUCGUGUUCAUGGCUGCCGAUCUCGGCCGGUUUGUCGUCGUCGUAUCCGGAGAAUUCACUCGACAUACUGAAUACUACGCCGAUGAUGAUGUCCCAAAUAGGCGGAGCGUCGGGCGCCGGUGGAGGCGCUUUGCCGGCGGAGACACAGAUUGUGCAGUGUGAGAAUGAGUAUUGGAAUAGUUCUUCUGCGGCGGCGGCGGCGGCGGUUACUGGUGCUAGUGGUGGGGCUUGGGAUCCGUUCAUGUUGUCAUCUGUUUUGGGGUGA